AUGAGUGGCAGUAAUCCUUACGCAAACGGAUACGGGUAUUCCGAUACCAGCCGCUAUGACCGCGGUGAUGGUGGAUACGGCGGAAGCAGUAGCAGCCUUGGGAUGAACGGCUACGGAGGAGGCAGUGCGGAGAGAGAGCGUCGCCCAGGUGGAUACGGUGGCUUCUAUCCAGAGCCUUCAUCAUCUUCCUUGUCACCGGGACAGUCACCCGAGCGACGACGGGAAAGACGGGAAAGAGAUGGUGAUCACUCAUCGUCGCGAUCGCGCACAAGGGACGGAGAGGCUGAUAGGAGGGCACUCGGUUCUCGAGAUGGUCGCCCUCGCGGAGAUAAUAGCUGGUUAGGAAACAAUAGCAGCGGCGAGAAUGUUCCCGGUCAUGCGGCAGGUCCCCAGGCCAUCGAAGACGUACUGCAAAUGGUUCAACGAGAAUGGGACUUUGUGGCCUCCGAAAACUGUGUGCCUGUGCAAGUCGCUUUGCAGCUGAUGGAUACCAGUACCUUGGGAAAAGCCGAUCGCGAGCCGGAUUUUAUAAGAAUCAAUGAUAAAAUCCAGAGGACAUUGAAGUCCGUUGUCAAUGAACAUCACCAGGGCUUCAAUAGUUCCAUUGGUACUUAUCAUAAGAUCCAGUCAAGCAUACAGAGCUCACAAAGCCGAGUCCGGACAUUGAAGAUCUCGCUGGAAGAGGCAAAAUCCGGAUUGUUGUCGACCAAGCCCGAAUUAAAGGGGUUAGCUACGUCGUCACAGAAAUAUGACGACAUUAUACAAUUAUUCAGCCAGAUACAAGAGAUUCAAUCUCUGCCCGAAAGGCUAGAAUCACGAAUAUCGGACAAACGAUUCCUUGCGGCUGUGGAGGUAUUGCAUAAUGCUUUGCGGCUGUUGCGGCGCUCUGAACUCGAGAAUAUUGGAGCCCUCGCAGAUAUUCGCGCCUACUUUGGAAACCAAGAAGCAUCUCUUACAGACAUUCUGAUAGAGGAGCUGCACGAUCACCUCUACCUCAAAUCUCCCUACUGUUCAGGCCGCUGGAAACCACCAGCUGCUGAUGGUGAAGGAAAUGGGGCCCACCCAUCCAGCUGGACCGGAACAAGCUCAUGGGAGAGACCCGUUUAUGCAUUUCUUGGGAAGUUGGACGCAUCCACGCCUAUGGUCGAAGACGCUUCGCGAAACCCGGAGGCCGAUACAUUCUACUACAUACAAUUGCUGAUCGAAGCGCUGAACAAGAUGGGUCAUUUGGACAUCGCAGUUGAUAGGAUAGAGCAACGCCUGCCUGUUGAACUGUUUGCCGUUGUUGAUAAAACCAACGCCGAGAUUGAUGCAAGGUAUCCAAACAACACCCGCGGCUUUGCCUCACAAGACAGCAAGUCAAGUUUGCCGACGGAUAUAAUCGAAAAACGCGGUCACGUGCUAUCGGAGUUUCUUUGGACCUUGUAUGCUAAAUUUGAGGCUAUUGCUGAAGGUCAUCGUGUUCUUCAUGACGUUAUUGCGGCUAUAGUGGAACGCGAGGGUAUACCAAAGGGAAGUGCGCUCGCGGGUGGGUUCAAGGAACUUUGGAAGCUUUAUCAAAGUGAGAUCCGGUCCCUCAUGCAUGACUACCUGGCAACGGAUGGAGAAUCAUCAUUCCGGCCCCGACACGAAGAGGCUGAAGCGAAACGACAACUUUAUACAGGGCAGAGAGAUAAGAAUAAGAAAAUGUUCAAAUUGUCCGAAACGGACCAUACUUCCGAAAUACAAGCCGAGCAAAAUGAGUUGGACGAGAUUCUCAGGUCUUCGGUUCCUGGCUUGGUCACCAAAUCAAGCCAGAAAGCCGCUGUCAUCGAUGCAUCCGACACCAGACAAGGAAACUCGGGAACUGGCCAUAAGAUCCUCAUAGAGCCAAGCGUCUUCAACAUGAGCCUCCUUCUUCCUCCUUCGCUAUCAUUUAUUCAGCGACUGAAGGAGAUUGUACCCGUGGAUUCCGACAUUGCCAUGAGUACAUUGACUUCUUUCCUAGAUGACUUCUUGGUCAAUGUGUUCCUCCCUCAGCUAGACGAAACCGUGACAGACCUCUGCACUCUUAGCUUUAUCUCGCCGGAUGCUUUCACAGAGGACCCUCACUGGUCUGGGGUCUCUCCCCGACCGGUUUUCAGGGGUACGGUCAAAUUUAUGUCGAUUAUUCGAGAAUUCAGUAAAAUGCUAUCCAGCAUCCCACAUGAUCAAGCUUUCACACAGCUACUCCUUUCGCAAAUUGUGACUUACUACGACAAGUGUUGUGGAUGGUACAAAGCGAUCGUGACCAAAACAUCUCCCCGAGACAAUGGAGAAGUCCGGCUCAAGGCUGCUGCGCGUCAUGCGGAGUCAGGCGACGUUCAUGACAUUAUCACGGAAUUAUGGAACGGAGUGACCGAGAACAAGCGGGAGCUCGUAGACAAGGAAACCGACAUCCUUAUCAAUUCGACGAAUGAGGUUCCAUUGGAGCCAUACGACAUCAUAUCUGACCCCAAGACAGUCGUAUCCUUGUCGCUUCUUUUCAACAGCAUGCAAUGGUUCGCAAGCCAUCUUGCUCAGUUACGUCAAAUCACACAACCAGCCUCCGACUCGCGACAGGCUGAGUCCCGACCAGCCAAUCGCCGCUGGACUCUGAUUGGUGCCAUGAAACCAAAGUGCGAGGGCAUCAAUCAACCAGUUUAUCUUCCUUUGAACCAAGAGACAGCGACUGUGUUCGAUACUACUCUUCAGUCUCUCCGCGAUCUUGCAUGCACUGCUCUCUUCGCCCUGCAUGUCGACAUCCGUUGCGGCAUCAUUCAUAUGCUGAAGCGGACAAUGGAAGGCCCCAAGCCCCGGAACACACGAAGCUCGGAACCCGCUACGCCUUCCCCAAGCUCGCUCGCCAAUUGGUGGCACAUUCUCUCAAACCAACCAACUGCUGCGUCUCCUACAGUGCUUGAGCUGAACAAUGACUUGAUCGCGUUUGACACCAACAUCUCGUCUUACCUAGGACCACCUGAGCGAUGGUUCAUCACGUCUGGGCUUGCUCGAUUCAUCGACCGUACUUUCGUCGCGAACACCUGUCAUAUUGGGGCUAUGAACGAAAAUGGCGCGCUCCGACUGCAGCUGGACGUGCUAGUGCUGCAACAGAAUCUGAAGAACAUCAUCAUAGACCCAACAGAUGAUGGACGGAAAGAUGACAGUCCUAACUCACAGCAGAACAGUGAGCACACCGAGGUGGUUGCUCUGCCUCGUAGCGCUAAAUUCCUCGAUUGGUUCCUGGAAGGUGCGGAGAAAGCCUUAGACUACGCAAAGGAUGAGAAGGAAUCGUUCGCAACCCACGGAGACCAAGCGCUGGCCGCUGGUAAUGGCGAACCGUUCACGUACGACGAACUCAAGGUCCUCAUUGACCUUUGCUUCUCAGACAUUCUACUAGGCCCCCGAGGUGCAGAGAAUCGGGAGGAGUUCAUGGCAGCAAAGAAAGCCAGCGCCGAUGCGCUCUUGAGGUUAAACGAGGUAAUGUGGGAUUCCAAGUGA